AUGAAGUGCUUCGAGAGACUGGUGAAGGUCUUCAUCUGGUCAUCCCUACCCAGCUCAUUCAACCCCCUCCAGUUCACCUACAGAGCCAACGGGUGCAGAGACGACACCAUCUCCAACCUCCUGCACACCACCUUAACUCACUUGGAUGGGGGGGAGGGGGAAAUAUGUGAGAAUGCUGUGAUGUCCUGCAGAGUGGUACAUUCAGCUGAAUGCACCAUAAGAACAUCUCUUCUUACCCUGCAGGACACCUACACCAAGAGGGCGGGGGGCCUGACCCUGCUGGCCAUGGGUAUCUGGGUGAGCGUGGAUGGAAACUCCUUCCUACAUAUCCUCGAGCCCUUCUCCACUGAAGCCGUGCAGUUUGUUUACGUGGGAUUUUUCUGCAUUGCCAUCGGCGCCUCACUGGUGCUGCUGGGGCUCCUGGGCUUCUGUGGGGCUCGAAAAGGGAGCAAGUGCCUGCUGCUAAUAUUCUUUUCCAUCAUCCUUGUUAUAUUCAUCGCUGAAGUGGCAGCCGGAGUGAUGGCCCUGGCCUACUCUUCUUUUGCUGAAGGGCUCUUAAGAGCGUGGGCAACUCCUGCUUAAGAUCCGGUGGUCACCAAGAUCUGGAACACCACUAUGACUGAGCUGAAGUGCUGUGGCUUCACCAACUACACAGACUUUGUGGACUCCAGGUAUGUGCAGGAGAGCGGAGGCAGUCUCCCACCAAGUUGCUGCCAGCUUAAGAGCACUACCUGCAGGCUAGAGGAUGCACAGUUAGGUGCUGUUGAGGGUUGUUUUGAACAACUUCUGGAAACCUUAAAGAAGAAUGCCAACAUUGUUGAUGGGAUAGCUGCAGGAAUUGGUGCCUUAGAGGUAAAAUCACUUUUGUAUAUAAUAUCCUCAUAUAUAUAUACUAUAUGCUAUCGUGCCUUUGUUCCCCCGUAUUAA